UAUCUGGCGGUGUGGUGUGUGCGGUCGGACUGUGGUUGUGUUUCAGGUCUGGUCGUGUUGAUAACGACACACUUAGGACGCAUUUCAUCGCGGAGAGAUGGGAAUUCUGAAGAAAUGGCUCUAAAACAAAUGGCCCUAACGCUGCUCGCCCUCUUCGGGUUGGUGGCCGUCGGUAAUGCUCUGCGUUGUAACUGCACAAACUGUGAGAAGACAGGCUUUGAGUGCGAGACAGAUGGCGCCUGCAUGGCCUCCACAUACUAUAUCCAGGGGAAAGAGCAACACGUACGCAUCUGUAUCAACCGGGACAACCUGGUUCCCCCUGGACAGCCCUUCUACUGUCUGAGUGCUGAGGGGCUGCUCAACACACAUUGCUGCUAUGUAGAUUACUGCAACAGUAUUGAUCUGAAAGUCCCAGUCCCAACAAAGGGAGGGGACUGGUCGAGCCAAGGAAGUCCCUGGGGGCCAGUGGAGCUGGUGGCGGUCAUAGCAGGGCCGGUGUUCCUGCUGUGUGUGCUACUGAUGGUCGGCGUGUUCCUGUUCCAGUAUCACCAGAGGGCCUACAGUCACAGGCAAAGGCUGGAGGUAGAGGACCCCUCCUGUGACCAUCUGUACUUGGCCAAGGACAAGACCCUGCAGGACCUCAUCUAUGACAUGUCCACGUCUGGAUCAGGCUCUGGCCUGCCGCUGUUUGUGCAGCGGACGGUGGCCAGGACCAUCGUGCUGCAGGAGAUCAUUGGAAAGGGUCGUUUUGGUGAAGUGUGGAGAGGGAAGUGGAGAGGAGGAGAUGUGGCCGUGAAGAUCUUCUCAUCCAGAGAGGAGCGCUCCUGGUUCAGAGAGGCCGAGAUCUACCAGACAAUCAUGCUGCGACACGAAAACAUCUUGGGAUUCAUAGCAGCAGACAACAAAGACAAUGGCACAUGGACUCAGCUCUGGCUGGUGUCAGACUAUCACGAGCACGGCUCUCUCUUUGACUACCUGAACCGCUAUUCUGUCUCCAUCGAGGGCAUGAUCAAACUGGCACUGUCGGCUGCCAGCGGCCUCGCGCACCUACACAUGGAGAUCCUCGGCACUCAGGGUAAGCCUGGCAUUGCUCACCGUGACCUCAAGUCUAAAAAUAUCCUGGUUAAGAAGAACGGCAUGUGUGCUAUAGCUGACCUCGGCCUGGCAGUCCGCCACGAGUCCAUCACAGACACAAUCGAUAUAGCACCCAACCAGCGCGUGGGCACUAAGAGGUAUAUGGCUCCAGAAGUUCUGGACGAAACCAUCAACAUGAAACACUUUGAUUCCUUCAAGUGCGCCGACAUUUACUCGCUGGGCCUGGUUUACUGGGAAAUUGCACGUCGCUGCAAUGCAGGAGGUAUCCACGAGGAGUACCAGCUGCCCUACUAUGACCUCGUGCCCUCUGACCCCUCCAUAGAGGAGAUGAGGAAGGUGGUGUGUGACCAGAAACUGAGGCCCAAUGUGCCCAACUGGUGGCAGAGCUACGAGUCACUGCGUGUGAUGGGGAAGAUCAUGAGGGAGUGCUGGUACGCCAACGGAGCGGCCAGACUGACCGCCUUGCGCAUCAAGAAGACUCUGUCUCAGCUCAGCGUGGAGGAGGAUGUCAAAAUGUGAGCACCAGGCGGCUUCAAAGACGCACUGGAGACGCACAACCAGACCACACUCCCAUAGGAAACAAACACUAAAGACAGACUGCAAAUGAAAACCCUGCCAGUUUUAAAGCCACACUCCAAGUUGUGACAAGGCCUACCUCACCUUUUUAGCCAAAACUACUGAGAAUCACCCAUCCCCUCCCCCACUUCCCUAUGAUCCUUGUGUCUCCUUCCUGUUCCCUUUGACCCCCUUCUCCAUGGGCCACAACACUACAGCACUACCACUGUUAAUAUCAUUACACUCAACCUUUUUGUUUUCAUUUCCCAUGGCAGGAAUUAUUACUAUUGUACAGUGAUGGGAUAUUUUUUUCUUUUUUGAAUCUUUUUUUUUUUUUUUUUUUAACCUUUGUGAAAUGGUCCCAUGAUGGACUAUACUUGUCCCGAAGAGUCAAGCAUGUUGUGGGGUUUUAAGUUUUAAAAAUAAUAACACUUCAUAUUCUGUUGGCCAUGCAACAUCACAUUCUGUCGCUGUGUGUGUGUGUGUGAAGGGGGGAAAGAGGCUGAAGCACUGUUUCUAGUUGUGUGUGUGUGUGUGAGUGAGUGCAUAGAAGGUGUCUGGACUACUAGCAUGUUUCUAAGACACUUUGAUGUCCUCUGGUAUAGGCUGUGGUUCAUUAGACAGUUAUUGGAUAUUUGGUUAAUUAAGCAUGAACAGCCAGAAUGUGCUUUUUAAUCCCUCACUUGAAUAUCCUCCAAACAAAAAAAAAAAAAAUAGUUGCACUCAACUGUAGCUUCCUCAUCAUGUGUGAGACCUGCAGGUAUCACAUAACGGAUGUGGUCCAGUCCUGGUGUUAGUUUGAAACGUGGCAGGGAUAAUGUUUGGGAUGGUUUUAUUUUUAUUUAUUUGUUGAUAUAAUUUUUUUAAUUUUUUUUUUCAUAUUGAUGAACACUGUGAGAUGAGAUGUGACAAACCAGAGUCAUGAUAUUAAAAUUAAAUGUUCAGUCCAAGUCUUUGCCAUCUUUCAGAUGUUAGAUGGCGGGGGUUUGUUGCAUUCAUUUAAUGAGACACUAGGUUCAAAUGUGGAUGUAGCCAUAACCCUCUGCCCCCUGGUGACAGACUGACAUCGUGCACACUGAACAAAUAAGAGGUGUAUGAAAUGGCAAAGAAAAAUACUGUUUUUUUUGGGGGGGUUUUUUUUUUUGUUAAUAUAUUUUAUGUGUUUUAUGUAAAGAUAUCAUGAUGGGUGAUUUCUUUUGACUUUGACAUUAGACACUACUGAUGGGUACAUAUGAUUUGUAUAUAAAACAUGCAUUUUUUUUUUUUUCCUUUUUAUGCCACAAGCACCAGUGUGACAUUUUGCUUGAAUGGUACUUUCAGAAGUCUGAUGUUUGAUUUGUCUGCAUGGUUUCUAACUGUGCCAGGAAAUAAGACUGUCAUCUGCUGGAAUUUGUUUUAACACUUGCUCCUCUCAUGGCAAUUGGGUGGUACUACUGAUCCCAGAUAAUUUUGCUGCAACUUGUCUUGUUUUAUUCCCCCCCUUUUUGUUAAAUGUGUAAUUGUUGGAAUUGCUCGAUGAGUUCUUUUCAGAGCUCAGUAAUGCAGAUCUCUUUCUACAUACGUCCUCUGGGGUGACAUCUCUUCCUCACUAACACUGGAAUAUUUAGGAGCAUCAUGUAACUCCUUGAAUUCUGAUUCUGCCUGUGGCUGUUAAUAAACACAACCGCCAACAGUUCACACACAGGGAACAUACAGUUAGAUAUGAAAAGUAGUUCAGAGGUUUUACUUCAAAGACUGACAUGCUGUAAAGUGAAACUGCACGUUUUAAUUCUACUAUGUCGCCUGCAGCUGCGAGUGUCUACAGGCAAGACUAUGAAAGUAUUACACUGACAUUUGUCACCAUUGGGCUCUGCACUGUUAUGUCCACAUGGACUUUAGUUAAUGUUAGUUAUGUCAUCACUUGAUCCAGAAUCCAUGUGUCAUGUUAGUAUCCAUUUUGCAUGCUGUCUCAAACACUGGGUCCUCUGCACUGAGGUAGAUGAACUUAAGACUUGUCUUUCCCUUUUCCUACGUGUUGUUUUCUCUGUUUUUUUUUUUUUUUGUUUUUUUCUUUUUUUCCCCUCCUUUUUAUUCGGGUUGUUGGCUGUGUACCCCAGAAAUGUUGCUGCUACUGUUAACAUGGGUAGAAGUUCAGCAGGCAGAACGUAGCGGAGGGGGAAAUGGGAGACUGCUGUCAGUUGAACCAAAAUUGUCAAAACACUCCUGUCCAUGUUUGGUUUGUUGCCAUGGGUAUAUGACCAUCAGACAUCUUGUUCAUAAGUAAUACUUCAAGAUUUCAAAAAUCAUGUUGUGCAAAUCUUUUCAGAAUUAGUUCAAAAGUGUAUAUAGAUGAUAUACAAUAAAUUCCUUUUUCUUA